AUGGAAGCGGAGCCAAAUUGGGACUUGCAGGAUUGGCUGGUGCGUUCGUCUUCGGUAAUUUCUUUUUUAUCUAGUCUUUCCUUGACAGGCUUUGAUGAGACUGGAUAUGGAAGCGGAGCGCUUGAUGAAUUCGGCCAACCGAUUCCAGACGAAGUCCUUCUCGCUCAAGCACAGUCCCAAGCAGGUCCACUGGGAGACUUCUUCUCAGAUGAAGCCUUCGCAGAAUUAGCGGGAGGAUUCAAAGGAACAGACGGAAAGUUUUUGGCGAUGACUGCGUAUGGCGCGGUGCCACUUCCGGAUCAAAUGCUGAAAUCCAUUCCAGAAAAACUUGUUUCGCGGCCGAUAGUGCAAGAGCGGGAUAUUUUUGUGUUGAAACAAGAAGAAAGGACUCGAGUGGUCGAGCGAGACUACACUCAGUUUGAGCACUCGUUUGUGGACAUUCCUAAAGCUCUGGUUGUUGACAAAAUUGAGUUGCAAAAAAGAACAAGAAUCAUCGAAGUUCCACAUUUCAACUAUAAGCCAAUCGUUGAGGACAAAAUUGUAGAGAUCCCACUUGGAAUCAAAUACGUUGAAAUUCCGAUUGAAGUCGCUUGCCGGGCUCCCCCGCGCAUCGUCCCUGUCCCAAAACCGCACAUCGUCGAGCGUAUCAUCGAAACAACAAAGCCUGUCGUUCAAGAAAAGAUCAUUGAGGUCCCAGAAGUCGUUCGGAGAAAAGUGAGCGGACGUGUGAAUCCAAGCGCAAUUGGUCUUUGCAGGGAUUCAGGAAAACGACCAGAUCAAUUAGGAGAGAGAAGCGACGCCGCAACGGCUUGGGGAUCUGAAGUGGAGGAGAGACGUAAGAGACUGUUUGGUGCGUCGCAAUUCAAGCAUUUUGUAGGAACGACUUUCCAAGGAUAUCCGUCACCGUAUCAAGGAACGGCUCCACCUCAAUUUGGAGGACAACCCGCAUUCCCACCUCCAGCUGGUAAAGCACGAGUUUCUAACUUCCCUAUGCUCCGCGCUUACAUCAAAGAUGAUGCUUUAGUCGUUCAAGAAGCAGGAGUUCCCGGAGAACCUCAAACGUUCUAUCUAACACAAGGAAUCAGACACGUUCAACUGCCAUAUGAAGCCGAAAUUGAAGUAGCUGUUGUGGAACAAGAAGAAGUCCCAGAAGGUGUUCCAAUUGCACAGCCCCAUGUUCGAUACAUGGCUCCUGGCAGUAGAGCCUUAGCAUAUAACGACGGACGAAAAACGUCGUCGCGUGGGGAUCCCCAGGAUGCAAUCUAUGCAGGACCUAUGGACCCAAUUGUGUCACACGCAGCACCGGGAAUGCGAGCGAUUGAAUUCAAAACUAAAGGGUAUGAGCCAGAUAUCUUGACUCAACAAGGGGUUAUAAAAUAUUCGAAGUUUGAAUGCUGUUUGUCGAAAGACGAGGAGCACGAUCGACCGGAAGCCCCUGUAUCUGAGCCACCUCCGUUACCAAGUGACUUGGAUGAGUUCUACCGUACGAUGGAAUCCCGUCCACUUUGGAGGCCGUACCAGGGGCGAGAACAGAAACUAGAAGACAAGGAGAAAUCAACAGAAGAUGAGGAUGUGGUCCCAAAGUAUAUUGACGCUACAAUGCCGUGGACAUAA